UUGCUGGUCCUUUCCUCCUUUCCUUCACCGGUCACUCCCACAGAAUCCUUCCCCAGUCCCAUAGAAGAAGGGCCGGCCGGCAUCUGUUCCCCGAUCCUGUUCCGUUGCAGUGCCAGCCCUGGCGUUUUAAACUUCAGCUGCCUUCAUAUCGUUGCUUAGCAAAUCCGCCAUGGCUCCGAGGCUUUGGAACAAGUUUCGAAGCCUAUACAACGCAGAAUACUUCUACUUUGCAAACUCCAAUCCUAACUAUACUUCUUUUCUGAAGCUUCUGGUUCCCUUGCCUCCGCAAAUCUUCCAUGGCAGACACUACUCGGAGCUUACUCAACCAGUAUCCAAUGAUCCCUCCUGUGGUUCAUCCACAGAGACGUCUGCGUCUUUACAUAGGAUUGCUGCGUCUUCCUCAUCUUUGAAGGAGCCGGAGCUCGCCAAGUUUUCCGCCAUUGCUGAUACCUGGUGGGAUGCUGAAGGGCCAUUUAAACCGUUGCAUGUUAUGAACCCUACACGACUUGCUUUUAUCCGGUCUACUUUAUGUCGACAUUUCAAAAAGAAUCCAUAUUGUGCCAAGCCUUUUGAAGGUUUGAAAUUUGUGGAUGUUGGUUGUGGAGGUGGAAUUUUGUCCGAGCCUUUGGCUCGAAUGGGAGCUGCUGUAAUGGGAAUUGAUGCUGUGGAGCAAAAUAUCAGGAUUGCACGUGUUCAUGCUGAGUUGGAUCCAGGGACUUCAACAAUCGAAUAUUGCUGCACAACAGCUGAAAAACUGGUUGAAGAAAACAGGAAGUUUGAUGCCGUGCUUGCCUUGGAGGUGAUUGAACAUGUAGCAGACCCUGCUGAGUUCUGCAAGUCCCUGGCAGAAUUAACCGUUUCUAGUGGAGCUACUUUGAUCUCAACAAUCAACCGAUCUAUGAGAUCAUAUGCAACUGCUAUUGUCGCGGCAGAGUACGUCCUGCAGUGGCUUCCUAAAGGUACACACCAAUGGUCGAGCUUUUUAACUCCAGAAGAGCUAGUCCUAGUCCUACAACGUGCUUCCAUCACUGUACAAGAAAUGGCUGGGUUUGUGUACAACCCCUUGACAGGACGUUGGACUCUAUCAGACGACGUCAGUGUAAAUUUCAUUGCUUUUGGUACCAAAAAUGGCCAAUAAAGUUGUUGAAAACUGUUUUUUCUUGCUUUUUAAAAGGAAAAUUUUGUCAAAUUCAAUAUUUCUUAUCUGGUCAUGUCUCCAUGUUAGCAUAGUUCAUUCCAUCCUUUUUAUUUUAUAGGAAGAGGUAACUUCAAAAAUUUUGCUUCCAA